UUUUCUUAUUUCGCUUCCAAAUACCUUUGAUUUGGGUGAUUUACUUUUUUUGAAUUAUGCUUUUGAUAAUGAUCCUCAAAUUACAAGGCAAAGAUAUUUUUAAUAAAAAUUUAUUUUAAAUUAAAACCACAUUUAUCGAAUCCAAAUUAUUUACUGAUGUUUUAGCACAAAACAAUUCAGAAACUUGUCCGUUUGGGCCUUCAACAGAAAUGUCAGUUAAAGAAUCGGGAAUUAAAUGGAUGGCAUCUAUUUGGAUUCACAGUAGUAUUCCUAAUUGUUUACUUUGGUCAUUACAUAAAUCAGAUCUUCUUCAAAUUACAAUUGGCCCAAACUUUGCGAGUGGGAGAUUAAAGAGAUUUCUUCAAACUAGUUGUCAUAUUUAUCAAAUCUGUCUGGGCACUUUCUUCCCAAUAUUAGCACGUGAAUAUCCAGACAAACAUAUAGACUUUCAUUUCCAUUCAAUGCUUCCUCCAAUUUUAAAAUUUAUUUCUUCAACAGAAUAUAAUGAAAAUAAUAUUUUAUUGGAAGCUGAAUUUUUUGUUGAUUUACUUAUUUCACCUUGGCAAGAGAAUCAAAAUGUCUUAGCUAGACUGGCAGCAAAUUCAACAGCAAUUAUUGAACCAUUCUUUGAGAACACUCGAUUAAAAGGGAAUUUAAUAAAUUUACAAGUAAAAAUACAAAUUUACAAUAAUAUACAAGCGUUAAAUAGAAAAUAA